GACAUCAUUGGGGUGGAUGAAUACAGAGCAGGUAGGAAAGGCCUGUGUGAGGACCUUUUUAAUUUGGCGUAAGAAAAAAAGUUAAAAAAGGUAAAGCAUAAAAUACAGGAGCUGGUGGAAAAAUAAGGAAGAAAGUUUCCUGAUACUGACUGAUACAAGAUAUCAUGGUGUAUGAAUGUAUUAGGUAGGGUACCCCAUAUCAGUUGAAUACACUAUGCUGGACAAUUUCUGGAGAAUAAUUAUAAAAGCAAUCAUUUCACCUCCAUGAUUCAAAUCAUUGGGAAAAACUCAAAAUCAACAUUUGUAAGAAUCGACAUUUGUAAGUCUUUCGCCUUUAAAGAGAAAAGAACACUAUAAACUUUUCUUACUCCCCAAAUCAGAGUUAUUCAAUAAAGAGAAAUGAGCUGAUCGACUUAUGACAUUUUAUCAACUAUAAGCUCCCAUCGAGAAUUAGACAAAGACCACUAAAGUCAGUUUUCAUCCUCAACAAUUGGCAGUCAAAGAAAGUGUUCUGAUAAUUAUAGAGAAAGUUCAACUUCUCGGCCUACGAAGAGUUCUAGCUUUAGCAUAAAAAAUAAAAGUUCUUGUAGAAUGGCAAACGUCUUUCGUAUUUUUGAACGUCCUGAUGAAAUUAAUGGAGCUUUGUUCACUGCAUCAGCAACUGCUCCGAGAACUAGUUCGAGUAAAACAUCCAAAAACACACAAUUGUCUGCAAGACCACAUCAAACCACCUCUGAAGAAUCAAAAAUACGUAACUUCAGGAUAAAUAAGGAUUCACCCAAUUCUUCUAGAACUCAUUCCUCAAGCAGAAAUCUUCCUGGAAAAAAAGACUCCAAAAGUCUCUCGAAACAGUCACAAGAGCAUAAAAUGAAUUGUAAAAUCAAAAACUGUACUGUGGAAAUCAAAAAUAUUUAUAUUCCACCCUCUCCACCUACAGUGCCGAAACCCGCGAGAAGAAAUAAAUCGUUCGGAACCAAUUGCGUUGCAAAAAGUAGCAAUGCAAAAAGUAGCGCCAAUAGAACAUUUAUAAGAAAGCCAAGUAGUUCUGGGAGCAAUAUACAAAGAAGGAAUCUUACUGAAGAUGGUAUUGGCCAGGCAUCACAUCCGAAAAAUUUUAAAAAAUCUUCGAACACUGGCAACAGGCAAUCUUUAACUAAUAAAGACACAGCAACAGCAUCACUUCGUAGAAAAGAAUCGUCGAUUACGCCUUCAAAUAAAAAUUCAACAACAGCAACGCUUGAGUAUUUUGAUAAAGAUUUACCAUCCACAUCCGCACCUAGCGAGAUCUCAUAUUAUGGGAGAAAUCAAGAAAUUACAACAAUUUCUUCAAAUGGAAGCUCUCCUAAUCGAUCUACAUCGCAAGGUUUGCCAAAUGAUGCUCAACGAUUACAACCGAAGACUUUCAUCAAGGGUACUAAAAAUCCAAAAGAACUGAAAAGUCAGCGUGGUAAAACGACAGGAAAGAGUACCACUAUUUCGCCGAGACGAACGCCUGGUUUGUGGAAAGAAAAUGAAGAGACUGAUCAUAUAAUGGACAUUGAUACAUUUGAUGCGUUCGUAACUCACGUGCGCGGAAUGCACCAUCCUGGAGAAAUGGUCUACCAAUACACUACAGGUUUUGAUGCAGUCAUUAAGAAAAUAAACGGUGUCUUGAAGCUCUUUUAUGAGCGCAAAGUAGUACGCAAGAAGGAUAAUUAUGAAGCUAAACUUCUAAAAGAUCUGAGGGAAAGGUUGAAAAACCAUGAAUACUGUAAAAAGUGUCAACUACGUUAGUACCAAUAUUGAAUUAAAAAUAAUUGAGUAUGAAAAUCUUAGCAUUCAUACAUAUACCUUUCAGAUAUUUAAAAAAUUAUUAAAAUAGUGCACCCAAAACUUUGUAUCCUAAACUUAUCAGGAACUUAGUGGCUUGAUUUUUUUGAACAAAUAUUUUCUAAAUUAUAAUUUUAUAUUAUCUUGUCGGAAAGAAUUGUAUGGAGUUCAUUAUACACAAAUAAAUUAGAUACAUAAACUAUUUAAUUUUUUAAAAAAAAUCGCAAAAUUGGCUAGGCUUUUAUCUUUCUAAACUCGUUAAAGGAAAUAUCAGACUUAACAUUUUCUAAAAUUUUAUUUUUAAUAUCCUGAAAAACCAUCAGAAAAUGUGAUGUUUGGUGAUUUUAUCCUCUUUCUCAUCUCAUGAUAUGAAGAAUCAGAGAUAAUGUGUAACUUCAGAUGAUUUUACCCUUUUUCUUAUCUCAUGUCUCUAAGCAUCAGAUGUAACUUGCAUCUUCAGAUGAUUUUACCCUUUUUCUUAUCUCAAGAUACGAAGCAUCAGCUGUAAUUUGCAUCUUCAAAUGAUUUAACCCUCUUUCUCAUCUCGUGACACUAUGACAUAGCCUUACACACAGGUUUCGUUGUUUAAACUUUCUAGGGAAUUGAAUCAUUCUAUGAAAAAAAAUCAAUUAACAAUUUUAUAUUUUAAAAUUUGUAUGGAAUUAAAUCAAUAAUAUUUUGAAUUCAGGGGUCAUAUGCUUAUUUAUUAUUUAAGCAAAUGCAGUAAAAAAUGUCUUGUUUCCCAAUUAUUGAUUCUUCUCUCUCAUAUGAUUUGAAAAUGAUCAAUUCCAAUCAACAAUGCAAUAAGCAUAUCAUAGAAUUUUUAAAUGAUGAAUUGAAGAAUAAUCUACUAAAUUACUUUUUUUACAAAAAUGCUAAGAGACAUAUAUAUAGUUCUCUCAUCUCGAGAUUUUUGAAACUUAGGUUUAAAAUGAUUUGAUUAAAGAAAUAUUGAACUCAACUACAAAUUUUAAUUAAAUAUUAGUAUGAAGAAAUAUUAACUAAUUGAUACUGGUUAUUUUUUUAAUGCAACAGUACUAUAAAAUUUUUCAAUGCAUUGAUUUGAGCAUUUUGUUCAGUAUUGUUAAAAUUAUUCUCAAAACUGUUAAAAUUUCUUGUUCUAUAUAAAUAAAUUCUAAAAUUAAACUAAUUAAAUUUAAUUAUUCUUGUAAUAAAAUUUUCUUUAAAGUAGAGCAAAUGAUUUUUUUUUCAGUUUUGCCACAAUUUUGCCAUUUGCAAAAGUAGUUUGAUAUCUGUAUAUAUAUAUGUUUGAUACAUUCCAUAAAAUGCCCUGAAUUUCUUAAAAAAUAUUCUAAUUUUUUAAAAAAAAAAUUUCUGAAUUUUCCCUAGCAACAAUUUUACUUUGGCUCCAGUUGGUCUCAAAAUUAGCUCAAUAUGGAUUCUAUGUGAACAUGCACCGAGGGACCAAUAUUAGGAUGUCUAGAUUUUUUAAUAUUGGUUCUAUGUAGGGCCAAUAUUAGUCUAUAUACAACCAAAAUAGGGCUUAUAUUGGCUGAAUAAUGACUAUAAAAUAUCGGGUGAAUUUGACAAUUUUUUAGUGAGCCAACAUUGGAAAAUAUUUGCCCUUUAAAUCUUUAUUGUGCCGAGAUUCGGGAAUAUUGGUAAAAUGAAAGCCCAAGUUAUUUUGCUGCUAGUGUUCCUUUGACCCACUACGAAGCUACGUUACAGUGAAAUAUUUAAAUUGUGACUAGGGCAAGUAUUGUUGACAUGUCUGCUGCUGUGAACUUGAAUUGGUGGAAUUCAAAUUAAUUAUAAAUUAAGUUAUAAUUAAAAUUAAUUAUAAAUUAAGUCAGAAUUCAAUUUAAUUAUAAAUUAAAUUAGAAUUCAAAUUAACUAUAAAUGAAGUUAGAAUUAAAAUCAAUUGUAAAUUAAGUCAGAAUUCAAAUUAAUUAUAAAUUAAGUUAGAAUUUAAAUUAAUUAUAAAUUAAUUAUAUGUAAAUCAUGGCCUGUUUUUAAAAUCGAAAUAUCUAUUAGAAAUAGUACUUGGGAAGAUCUAAUUGCUUAGAAGAUAUUAUGAGCAAGUCUUAAAAUUUUACGAAAAUAAUGUAUGAGUAUAUAACAUUUUAUCUUUAAAAUGAAAUAUCAUAUAAAUGAUAUAUCAUUUUUAUCUUGUAAAUGUUAUUUUUUUAUCUUUAAAACUUAAUUUCUAAGCAAUUUUCCCUCAUAAACUUUUGGUAAAAAUGGACUGCAUUGCGUGUUAAAAUUUUCAACUCAUUGCUUUAAUUGUGAAAUUGUUGCUUAAUCAACAAUUUCACUAUCACUUUAAGAUUUAGUAAAAAGAAAAAAAUGGCUAGGUUAAGAAAAUUUUUCACUGCUGACUAGUUUAUUUGUUAACUUUUUGAGUAAUAGAAUAAUGUUAUCGUUUCCAAAAUUUGAAGUCAGAUUUUGACCUUUACUUACUGCUAUUAUAAUAAUCUAAAAUACGAAUUAUUUGUUAAGAAAAAUAUAUUUCUGUUUUAUGUAUUAUAAGAUAGUUUUAUCUGCAAGAUUUGAUUUUUGAAAUAAAGCUUUUUAAAAUUUG